UUGCGCCAGUUCCACCUUAAAGCAUCACCUAAGAAAUGCGUCUUCGCUAGAAACCAAAUUACCUUUUUAGGCCACGUCAUAAAUGAGAAUAGCUACUCCCCGGCGGAAGCAAAUACCAGAGCGGUUCGCGAGUUCCCUACGCCCCGUAACGUUAAAGAGGUAAAACGUUUCCUUGGGAUGGUAGGAUUCUUUAGAAAAUUCAUACCUAUUUUCGCAAAUAUCGCUGAACCAUUAACCUGGCUUACUCGGAAAGACAAUAAAUUUCAAUGGACGGAUCAGCAGGAAUCUGCCUUCAUAACUUUGCGUGACGCGCUCAUUCAGAGACCAAUAUUAGGGUUCCCAAAUUAUGAAAAACCUUUCCACAUUUUUACAGAUGCCAGUGCGGUAGCACAGGCAGGCGCAUUGAUGCAAGAGUUUGAAGAAAGUCAAAAACGAUUUUACGCAGUGGCAUACUGCAGUCGUACGCUAAGUGACACCGAACGCAGGUGGCCGGCAGUUCAAAUCGAGCUAGGUGCAAUUAUAUAUGCGUUG